AGGGGAACUUCCUGUUCCGGAUGAAUCAUGGGAGGAAGUUGGUGGGCAGAGCGGCUUCUGUUCUCUUCCCAGGAUGGAAGCAGCAGCUGGCAGACAAAGAGGAUGGCAAUAAGAGCAUUCUGGACAACAGAGAAUAACAAGCAACACUGAAUAGCACAGCAAGUCAGUCCAGAAAUAAAAAUAUUUUCCAUUUCCUUCAGAAUUUCCACACAAUUCUUCACUUUCCUUAGCUGGUGAGAGAGAAAUGAGAGAAAAUGAAGAAGAGAUUCCUAGCUGGGAAAGAUAGAGGGUGAAAUUCAAGCAUACAUUACAUGAAAAGUAGAAGCAACGGAGAUUAUGUUUCCAUUUAGCAAUAGAGGGAAGUGAAAAAGUCAGUGGAGAAGAAAAGGUCAACUGGAAAGCCAUGUAGAGCAGACAGUGUUGCGGGCUUCAUUCUGGAAGGAAGAAAAUCACCAGUAAAUCAAAGAAUCACUAAACAAGGGAUCAUCCAGAUUUUUGACCUCAAGAAUAUUAGUUGUGAAAAAGCUCCAUAGAUGUGCCAGUUGUGGGAAAGAUACAACUUGCAAAUCACAGCUGAUUAUUCAUGAGAGGAUCCAGACUGGAGAAAAGCCUUAAAUAUACUCUGAAUUUGGCAAAACCUUUGAUCAGAACUCCAUUUUGUUUCAUGGAAGGAACCACACAGGAGAGAAACGCUAGAAGUGCUCCCAAUGCAGUAAAUGCUUUAGCAAGCAGGGCAACAUGGACUCACAUCAAGGAGAAACGGUUUGAAUGUCCUGAUUGUGGGAAAUGUUUCUGUGAUAAUUCCAGGCUGGUGACACACCAGAGGACUCACACAGGAGAGAAACCCUUUGAAUGUCCUGAUUGUGGGAAAAGUUUCAGUCAGAGUUCCAACCUGGUGAAACACCAGAGGACACACACAGGAGAAAAGCCCUUUGAAUGUCCUGAUUGUGGGAAAAGCUUCAGUUGGAAUUUCAGCCUGGUUACACACCAGAGGACUCACACAGGAGAGAAACCCUUUGAAUGUCCUUAUUGCGGGAAAGGUUUCUAUGAUAAUUUCAGCCUGGUGAGACACCAGAGGAUUCACACAGGAGAGAAACCCUUUGAAUGUCCUGAUUGUGGGAAAAGUUUCAGUCAGAAUUCCAACCUGGUGGCACACCAGAGGACACACACAGGAGAGAAACCCUUUCAAUGUCUUGACUGCGAGAAAAGUUUCUAUGAUAAUUUCAGCCUGGUGAGACACCAGAGGACUCACACAGGAGAGAAACCCUUUGAAUGUCCUGAUUGUGGGAAAAGUUUCAGUCAGAGUUCCAACCUGGUGAAACACCAGCGGAUUCACACAGGAGAGAAACCCUUUCAAUAUCCUGAUGGUGGGGAAAGUUUCUGUGAGAAUUCCAGCCUGGUGACACACCAGAGGACUCACACAGAAGAGAAGCCCUUUGAAUGUCCUUAUUGUGGUAAAAGCUUCAGUUGGAAUUCCAGCCUGGUGAUACACCAGAGGACUCACACAGGAGAGAAACCCUUUCAAUGUCCUGAUUGCGGGAAACGUUUCUGUGAUAAUUCCAGCCUGGUGACACAUCAGCGGACUCACACAGGAGAGAAGCCCUUUGAAUGUCCUGAUUGUGGGAAAAGUUUCAGUCAGAGUUCUAGCCUGGUGAGACACCAGAGGACUCACACAGGAGAGAAACCCUUUGAAUGUCCUGAUUGCAGGAAAAGUUUUAGUCGGAGUUCCAGCCUGGUGACACACCAGAGAACUCACACAGGAGAGAAACCCUUUGAAUGUCCUGACUGUGGGAAAAGCUUCAGUUUGCAUUCCAGCCUGGUGAUACACCAGAGGACUCACACAGGAGAGAAGCCCUUUGAAUGUUGUGAUUGCGGGAAAAGUUUCCGUCAGCGUUCCAGCCUAGUGACACACCAGAGAACUCACACAGGAGAGAAACCAUACAAGUGUCCAGAUUGUGGGAAAGAUUUCAGUAUUAAAGCUAGCGUUCUAAAUCAUAUGCUUAUACACACAGGUGAGAAACCAUUUGAAUGUUCCGAGUGUGGAUGGUGCUUCAGGAAACAUUCCACCCUUAUCGCACACAAGAAAAUGCACACAAGGCCCCAAGUGAUAAGUGUAGGGAAGGUUUGAAUUUCAUUUCUAAUGACCCAUUUUAAAUCCAGGUGAGCAAUUGACUGUUUAACUUGACUACAAAGCAUUUGUCUAAUUUUUUGUAGGCAAAUAUGUUUUAGACGGGAAGGAGGAAAGAAAAAAUUGUGACAUAUUAGUUUGAUAAUGACUAUCUGCUCAUCACCAGCAGAAUUUGCUAGAUAUAGAAAGUCCUCAAGCUACGAAUGCCUUGCAGCCUGCCCAUUCAAUCCGUAACUUGAGAAUUAGUGGGAGUGAAUCUCAUACAUUGAAUGAUAUCACUUCCUGCUUCCUCUCUUGCAUUUGCUGCUUUCUCACCCCAUA